CAGCCAAUCGGAGCGUGUGGCCCUUCUGGCUGACGCGGCGGGAUCCAGCGUGCUUUGGCGGUGGGCUUCCGCGGGUUCUCGAUAACGGACAGCGAUGCUGAAGGCCAAGAUUCUCUUCGUGGGGCCCUGCGAGAGUGGCAAAACAGUGUUGGCCAACUUUCUGACCGAAUCUUCAGACAUCACUGAAUACAACCCAACCCAAGGUGUGAGGAUCCUAGAGUUUGAGAACCCACAUGUCACCAGCAACAACAAAGGCACAGGCUGUGAAUUUGAGCUCUGGGACUGCGGUGGCGAUUCAAAGUUUGAGUCCUGCUGGCCAGCCCUGAUGAAGGAUGCCCAUGGAGUGGUGAUUGUCUUCAAUGCUGAUAUCCCAAGCCACCUAAAGGAAAUCGAAAUGUGGUAUUCUUGCUUUGUCCAGCAGCAGUUCCUCCAAGACAGUCACUGCAUGCUCGUGGCCCACCACAAACCAGGUUCUGGAGGUGACAAGGGCAGCCUGGCUUUGUCUCCCCCCUUGAACAAGCUGAAGCUGGUGCACUCAAACCUGGAGGAAGACCCCGAGGAGGUCCGAGUGGAAUUCAUCAAGUAUUUAAAAAGCAUCAUCAACUCCAUGUCGGAGAGCAGAGACCGCGAGGAGAUGCUCAUCAUCACCUAGUGCCCUGUGCCACCACCUCCCAGACGAUGCUGACUUCCCCAGGCAGAGCUGACACCCCACCCAGCUGCUGACAUGCCCUUCUCCCUGUGGCUAUAGACGCAUUCCUUAUCUGCUAGAAGGUGCCAGUAAGAGUCAGGCAUGGUGGCGCAGGCCUGUGAUCCCAGCUCGUGGGAGGCUGAGGUAAGAGAGCUGAGAAUUCAAGGCCAGCCUGGGCUACAGUUGAAGCCCUUAUCGCAACCCCUCUCCAGAAACAAGAAGCUACCCUGCCUCUCUGUCUCGGCUGUCACACCAUAAACACAUCCUUCCAGCAACCUUCUUGGUGCUGUUUUCAGGUUGAGCUGUUUGUUGGUGGUUAAGGGAAUGAAAUGGCUGGGAGCGGAGAGAUGAUGUGAUCUCUGAUGUCCCUGAGAGCAAAAAGGAUGUGGUGUUUCUUACAGAGAACCCAGCUAGAGCUGCUGCUUCCGGACUUGACAGCAGUGCUGUGUGCUAUAAAGGAAUCAACAGCA